CACUCCCCCCCCCCCCCCCCCACCCACCACACACACACUACACAAACCCAUGGCCUUGGUGACGCUGCUUCGCCACCUGCUCCCGGCGGCAGCCGCGCCGGCCAGGCCUCCCGACCCCGUCGGGGCUUCCCUGACGACCCACCGCGCCCUCCCGCUCCGCCGGGGCAGCCUCCGCCUGAAUCUCUCCGCGGCGCCGUCCCCGUCCCCUGCGGCCAGGGCCGUGGCGGCGGCGGCGGCGGCGGGAGGGAGGCCGACAGUGCUGGUCACGGAGAAGUUGGGCCCCGCGGGGCUGGACCUGCUGCGUGCGUUCGCGAACGUGGACUGCGCGUACGAGCUCACGGCGGAGGACCUCCGCGCUAAGGUGUCGCUCGUGGACGCGCUGGUGGUGCGCAGCGCGACGCGCGUCACGCGGGAGGUGUUCGAGGCGGCGCGGGGACGGCUGCGCGUCGUCGGCCGGGCCGGGGUUGGGAUUGACAACGUCGACCUCCAGGCCGCCACCGAGGCCGGGUGCCUCGUCGUCAACGCGCCCACGGCCAACACGGUUGCCGCGGCCGAGCACGCCAUCGCGCUCCUCGCCGCCAUGGCACGCAAUGUCGCGCAGGCCGACGCCUCGCUCAAGGCCGGCAAAUGGCAACGCAACAAAUUUGUUGGUGUUUCCUUGGUGGGGAAGACACUAGCUGUUAUGGGCUUUGGAAAGGUUGGCUCGGAAGUAGCUCGACGUGCAAAAGGACUUGGGAUGGAUAUCAUUGCUCAUGACCCAUAUGCUCCUGUUGAUAGAGCCCGGGCAAUUGGUGUAGAUCUUGUAUCAUUUGAUGAGGCCAUCUCUACAGCAGACUUCAUAUCACUGCAUAUGCCUCUUACUCCAUCAACUUCAAAGCUUUUCAAUGAUGAAACUUUUGCAAAAAUGAGAAAGGGUGUUAAGAUUGUCAAUGUUGCAAGGGGUGGAGUAGUUGAUGAAGAAGCAUUGCUGAGAGCACUCGACAACGGAACAGUUGCACAGGCUGCACUUGAUGUAUUUACUGAGGAGCCACCGCCGAAAGACAGCAAGUUAGUGCACCAUGAAAAUGUCACUGUCACACCGCACCUUGGAGCUAGCACAACAGAAGCGCAGGAAGGUGUAGCCCUUGAAAUUGCAGAGGCUGUUAUCGGUGCACUGAGAGGAGAUCUGGCUGCUACUGCUGUAAACGCCCCAAUGGUCCCUGCUGAGGUUUUGUCAGAGUUAUCUCACUAUGUUGUCCUUGCUGAGAAAUUGGGCCGACUUGUUGUGCAACUCGUAGCUGGUGGGAGUGGGGUUAAGGGAGUCAAGGUUGUCUACUCAUCAGCUAGAGACCCAGAUGACUUGGACACAAGAAUUCUUCGUGCCAUGGUCACCAAAGGCAUUAUUGAACCUAUUUCAAGUGCAUUCGUUAACAUUGUCAAUGCGGACUAUGUCGCCAAGCAAAGAGGCCUCCGCAUCGUUGAGGAGAGAAUUUUCCUUGAUGGUUCACCAGAAAUACCUCUAGACUCUAUCCAGGUCCACCUUGCCAAUGUAGAAUCCAAGUUUGCUGGUGCCUUAUCUGAUGCAGGUGACAUCAGAGUGGAGGGCAAAGUUAAGGAUGGCGUGCCACAUCUUACACUUGUUGGGUCCUUCAAUGUCGAUGUUAGUCUUGAGGGGAACCUAAUAUUAUGCCGCCAAGUUGACCAGCCGGGCAUAAUUGGGAAAGUGGGAUCAGUUUUGGGAAAGAUGAAUGUAAAUGUGAGCUUUAUGAGCGUUGGAAGGACUGCUCCAGGAAAGCAGGCGAUAAUGGCAAUUGGAGUUGAUGAGGAGCCUGAGAAGGAAGCUCUCAAGAUGAUCGGUGACAUACCGUCUGUUGUGGAGUUUGUCUUUCUUAAGCUUUAGAGGUAGUAGGUAGAUACCCAUAAUAACAUGAGUUCUCUGUUAUAUUAGUAUGAGAUUGGUUUUUCCAAGCUUUUAGUUGCUAGUUUGGGAUAGAAUGACAUUUUUUUUCUGUGUCCUUUGGGACACGGCACUCGUAGAUAUAUAUCAAGAAAAAAAACCCAAUGUUUUCUCUGGGGCCUGCUGUUCUGCUAA